UCUCUUCGCGAGGCUGGCAUCAACCCAAAUUCACCCAUACCGAAGCACAUAUUUAUCAACCGCAAAGACAUACCCUUCACUCCGCAUCAGGAGUACAUGGGCCCCUCGAAGGAGGCCGCCAGGAAUUGGAAAUCGUUAACCGCAGGUUCUGACUCGAUAUAUCUCUCAGACCCCUCAAAGUACGGGCUAAACGACCCGGGCAUCAAGGCGCCAUUCUUCCUCUUCCACGAGCCCCCUCCCAAGGCCGCAGACGACAAAGACAACCUGCUCAAAUUCUACGUGCUCAAUAACUUACACGAGCUGCACUGCGUACACAUGAUCCGCAUGCGUUAUAACGCGCUUGUGUACGACGCUGCCAACACGACACCACUAGCGAGCAAUCCGCUCGACGUCGAUUGGAUCGACCACAUUGAGCACUGCUUCGAGUACCUCCGACUGAGCGUUACCUGCGGCGACUACAUGACCUUCGAGACUGACUCGCCUCCGGGCAGCCCCCGAGAGUACUGGGAGGGCGGGCUGAGUUGGGGCGUAGUGCAUAGCUGCAUCGACUGGGAUGCGCUUCUGGCCUGGCAGCACGAGAUGGUAGCCGAGUAUAACCGGACCUGG